AUGUGCCCAAUCAAGAAGGAGACGAGCGCCGAGUCCGGCUCGCCGUGCAGCUCGCCCUCGGCCUCCUCCACCUCGCUGGAGCACCACCAGACAGUGUGGACGUCGCCGCCGAAGCGCCCCGCGGGGCGCACCAAGUUCCGGGAGACGCGGCACCCGGUGUUCCGCGGCGUCCGGCGCCGGGGCAACGCCGGGCGGUGGGUCUGCGAGGUGCGCGUGCCGGGGCGGCGCGGCUGCAGGCUCUGGCUCGGCACCUUCGACACCGCGGACGCCGCGGCCCGCGCGCACGACGCCGCCAUGCUCGCCAUCGCCGGCGGCGCGUGCUGCCUCAACUUCGCAGACUCGGCGUGGCUGCUCGCCGUGCCGGCCUCGGCCUCGUCGUACGCCAGCCUCGCCGACGUCCGCCGCGCCGUGGCGGAGGCCGUGGAGAGCUUCCUGCGACGCGAAGGGGCGGCCGCGGUGGUGGACGACGCGCGCUCGGCCGCGUCCUCGACGUCGUCAUCCCCGGCCAGCGAUGACGAUGAAGCCGAGGAGUCGUCUUCGGCUACCGAGGAUUCGCCGGCGUUCGAACUGGACGUGUUCAAUGACAUGAGCUGGGACUUGUACUAUGCGAGCUUGGCGCAGGCGAUACUCAUGGAGCCACCGCCCACAGUCACCACCGCGUUCUGCGACGACGGCGUCGCCGAAGUGCCACUCUGGAGCUACUAG